UUUAAAAGUUUACACAGUUGGUAGAAAUGCUUGUAGGUAACUUACUUGUUUGAGAUCACACUAUGGGGAGACGAUGGAGAACUAACAGAUGAUAAAAUCUGGGGAGUUUCACAGCGAAGAUACGGCUCAUUUUGUGUUUCCUGAAUCCAUGUCUACGAACGAAGCAGAUACCCAUACCGGCAUAUUCCCAUUAUUGAUGACAUUCAUCGGUUUACUUUGUUUAUUUAACACAACAAAAGCUCCGGACAAGUAGUCUUAAAGUUCCCUUUUGCACCCACGUUAGAAUUCAAGGAUAACAUACUUGAUACUGAUUGUUUAACACCUAACGUUUCACUCGGAAUUUUGCUAUCUAAAGACAGUUUGGAAGAAAGAUUUAACAAUGCAAUAUCUUUUUCAAAACUCUCCAAGUUUCUACUUGAGGCUGCAGGCAUGGACUUCCUAGUUGAAGGUAAUAACGUUUGAAUCAACCAACGGUAUAAGAUGACUUGUCUUUUUGGGACUAUUCACAGACAGUCCUAAACUUGGCCUUUCAACAGCACCAUCCGCUAGCUCUCCAAAAUUACCGCAUUUCCUUUUAAAAAACUCGUCAACGGACAUUUUGCGGCCAGCACAAGAUCUAAAAGUUAGCCACAUGACGAUCGUAAAAUAUAAACCACAGUGAAUUUUAAAAACUCACUCUACUGAUAAAUCCAGUUCACCAAUGAUACCAGAGAAACAAGACAAAUUCAAAUAUUCCUUCUCAGGAUUAGCUGUUGUUGGAAGAGCAUAUGAAUAAUUUUGCUGCCAUGAUGCUUCAUCAGCCAGCAUCUGGCUGGCCAUUUCGGAAGCAGGUCGGAAUUCUUCAUUAUUAAAUUGAGCCAUCAAUUCAGCUGUAGUUGAAUCGAAUGUUAUUGCAUUGACAUUCUUAUUAGAUAAUGCUGACAAACGUUUCUCUGAACUUCUGCUCAAUCCAGAUGAUCGAGCACUUAUCUCAUUCGGUUCAAAGACAAUCUAAAAAUGAAGUACUAUAAGAACAGUGUUUUAAUCAUUUUCUUUCUACAAAGUAAUACCUACACUACUUGUUUUGUUAACAGCUGAAGGCAAUGUACUUUCAUUUGGAAUACUUGUUUGGUUGUAACUCAUAAACUGUCCUUGAUCAACAAGAGCUGAAGGUGUUACAUUGCUGGACAUGUUUUGAAUAUUAACAUUGUUUUCUUUGUUUGUAUCUGGAAGAAUUGUUGAACUUGUAUACGACUUUUUACAAAAUAUAUAUACAGAUACACGUAAAUGUUACCAUGUGUGAUAGAUGUGGGCUUAAUAUUACUACAACUUUGCAGUAAUUUCCUAGCAAGUUCACGUUCUGUAUCUAACUUAUUUUCAUUUUGGUUAUUUAAAUCACCUGUUUCACUUACUUCAGCUAGAACUAUUUUAGAAAUUAGCGUUUAAAAAUAACUUCGAUAUAAUGACUAUAAGAGCAUAUACUUACAAGAAGAUAUGUUAUCCAAUAUGCCAAGAGAUGAAUCAUCAGACUUAUGUGUUAUAUCACCUUUGCUUAUCAUGGGUUGUUUGUACAUUGUUUCAUGGAUAUCCUCAUUGUAGAACUUACUUCCUAAACUGUAAAAAGUCAUUAGUGUCCGUUCCAACCAGAAAUUACUUAAUUGUAGUGUGUUAGAGAAAAUGGACUUAAAAAAAAAAAUAAACGUUAAUUACGACUCAACCUAAUAGUAUAUACUUGAAGACGCUUUCGGUUGAGGAGUGCUUAAUAAAGUCACAUCAAUAAAAUUCGCAUCCGAAGACUUCGAUGGUGUAAACAUUGUUGAGUUUUUCGUUUAUCGUGGAAUUUUAAAAUACGAAUAUCAUUCAAGAUAAAGACACCUGUGCACGGAAGACCCUGGGCGACGUUUCAUUUGUUAAAUUGACGAAACAAAGAGAAGAUUGGCAUCGUAUAAUACCUGGGAAACAUUGUACAGCGCCAUUCGUGUUUGAACUUAGAAUCUAAAAACCAACGUCGGAAAUACGAAAUUCAUUCGAAUUGAUGCCUUAAAAACAAAUAAAUAUAUGUACAAUGUCUCUUAAAGAAUUAAUGUUAAAUUGAUUAUACUGCAAAAAUUAAUUACUAGGCUGAACAUAUUUGAACUGAUAUUGGCUAUUUCCUUUAUUAGAUACUUCAUCAAAUUUGGAAUGAAGUGAAACUUUGAUAAAAUAUUUUUACACUUAGAUCAAUACAUGAAAUUCGUAAUCUACUAAUUAUUUAUUUUUACAAAAUAAUUUAGAUGGUUAAACGUGUAUCGUUAUUUAGAACAUAGAAAGUAAAUUAGUAGAAGAUUGGUAACUCAUACAUAAUAAGUGUAAUGAAACUGCCACCUAGUUCAAAUGACACUGAAACCAGUGCCAUGUGCACAAUGUUAUUUACUUGCUUGUCACAAUGCCGUAGAGAAAGUCAUACGGUGGCUCUCAUUUAAUUAUUUGCAACAGGAAUGCGUAAAAAUCGGAAAUAUUUUUAUAUAUAUGGUGUAUCAAUGAAGGACCGUAGGAUACAGUCGUUUACACUGUAUAAAUAAAGGAGACUUCUUUGCUUUGGGAGGUUACGUUUCUGUAAUGCUAUUUUACAUUUAUUCUUUAGAAUUUAUAUUACACGGUACAAUAUAUUGACAAUACAAUGGAGGAGAAUAUAAAGACAACACCGGAACGAAAACGCUUGACUUACGAAAAUAAACUUAUACUGGCACCUAUGGUGCGUGUCGGCACACUUCCUAUGCGUCUUCUUGCGCUCGAUUAUGGUGCUGAUAUAGUAUAUACAGAGGAACUGAUAGAUUGGAAAUUACUAAGAUCAUUUCGUCGUGUAAACGAUGUUUUGGGAACGAUUGAUUACAUAGAUAAAACAGAUGGCACAGUAACAUUUCGAACAUGUCCCAGAGAAAGAGAUAAAGUGGUAUUACAAAUUGGUACUUGCGAUGGAACUAGAGCUCUAAAAGUAGGAAAAAUGGUGGAGCAAGAUGUUGCUGGAAUAGAUCUUAAUAUGGGAUGUCCAAAACUGUUUUCUAUGCUAGGAAAAAUGGGUGCUGCUCUUCUUCAAGAACCAGAGACAGCAACAAAUAUUCUGAAAACAUUAGUUGAUAAUUUGAGCAUUCCAGUAACAUGUAAGAUUCGUGUAUUGCCAGAUGUGGAAAAGACCCUUGAACUGUGCCAGCUUUUAGCAUCUACCGGUAUAUCAGCUAUAGCGGUUCAUGGUCGGACUGUUAAUGAGAGACCACAACACGCAAAUCGCAAUGAUGUUUUAAAAAUGAUUUCCAGUAAACUUUCAAUACCAGUUAUAGCAAAUGGAGGCUCAAAAGAAAUACAGAGAUAUUUUGAUAUAUUAAAAUUUAAAGAGGUAACAGGUUGCAGUAGUGUUAUGCUUGCACGUGCAGCUGAAUGGAACUGUUCGAUAUUUUGUAAAGAAGGUUUACUUCCCAUGGAAGAUGUGAUAAAAGCAUAUAUAAAGUAUGCUGUAGAUUGUGACAAUUCACCUUCCAAUACCAAAUAUUGUAUACAAAAUAUUCUUCGUGAACAACAAGAGUCACCACUAGGCAGAAGGUUCCUGAAUUCUCAAACUCUGGAACAGAUAUGUGAUGUUUGGGAACUAAGUGAUUACUGUCGUUCAAAGAGAAAAGAAUUUGAAGAAAAAGGUUUGCUAGGUAGAUCUCAAGUUUCACCUAUGAAAGAGGAUGAAGUACACCUUGAAGAUCAAUCGUGCAAUAAAAGGAAACUUUCGGAAGAAGAGGACAUAGUACUAAUGCAUUGUGCAUUUCUAAGAAAUAAUUAUGUCUCAGAUCUUGAAUUGCCCAAGACUAUUUUACAUAAAUGGACACAGACUCAAAGAAAAAAGAUGCCACAGUACGAGACGCAUCAGAAGGGGAAACUCUUUCGAUCCGUCAUUACAGUCGAUGGAAGAAAGUAUGGUUCAUCGUUUUGGGAAAAGAACAAAAAGUGGGCAGAGCAAGGAGCUGCAUUAGUGUGCCUAUUUUCUUUAGGCCUAGUCAAUGAAAAAUCUGUCUGUACAACAGGAAACAUUUCUUCCUGAUAUCCGAUAUUGCUUUUGUUAUCAAUACAGAAACUUUUCU